AUGCCUCACUGGCUUUAUCUGGCUUCUGCAGAAUGGACUCAGAUAAUUACUAAAUACCUGUGGGAGCAGCUGCAGAAGGUGGCAGAGUUUUACAGACAGUCUCCCAGCCAGGGCUGUGGGUCUCCUCUGCCCGCUCCUCCUGCUGAGGUGGAAACCGCCAUGAAACAGUGGGAGUACAACGAGAAGCUGGCCAUGUUCAUGUUUCAGGAUGGCAUGUUAGACAGACAUGAGUUCCUCACCUGGGUGCUGGAGUGUUUUGAGAAGAUCAGACCUGGCGAGGACGAGCUUCUGCGAUUCCUGCUGCCGCUCCUGUUACAGUACUCGGGAGAGUUUGUUCAGUCAGCCUAUUUAUCUAGACGGCUGGCAUAUUUCUGCACACGCCGGCUCAAUCUGCUGCUGAGCGAUGGCAGUCUCGGACCAGGUCCAGGCGGACACCCGGCCCACGGCAUUUCAGCACAGCAAGGGAACGCUCUGCCCCCCACCCCAACCUCCCAGCCUGCAGGGGGCAACCAGCCCCAAACCCCCUUCACAGACUUCUACAUCUGCCCCCAGCACAGGCCCGUGGUGUUCGGACUCAGCUGCAUGCUGCAGAGUAUCGUGUUGUGUUGUCCCAGCGCUCUGGUCUGGCACUACUCUCUGACAGAUAGCCGUAAUAAGACCGGCUCGCCAUUAGACCUCUUGCCAAUCGCGUCCUCUAACCUGCCCAUGCCGGGGGGCAACAGCAGCUUUAACCAGCAGGUUCGUGCCAAGGUGAGGGAGAUUGAAGAGCAGAUCAAAGAGAGAGGACAGGCGGUGGAGUUUCGCUGGUCCUUCGACAAGUGUCAGGAGACGACAGCAGGUUUCACCAUCAGCCGGGUUCUGCAUACGCUGGAGGUUUUGGACAACCACAGCUUUGAGAAGUCUGACUUCAGCAAUUCCCUGGAUUCGCUGUAUAACCGGAUCUUUGGCUCGGGACAGAGCAAAGACGGACAUGAGAUGAGUCCAGACGACGAUGCGGUGGUGACCCUGCUGUGUGAGUGGGCUGUUUCCUGUAAAAGGUCCGGGCCGCAUAGAGCCAUGGUGGUGGCCAAACUCCUGGAGAAGAGGCAGACGGAGAUUGAGGCAGAGAGGUGUGGAGAGUCGGAGGUCGUGGAUGAGAAGGGCUCUGUGUCAUCAGGGUCUCUGUCUGCUGCUACUCUGCCCGUCUUCCAGGACGUCCUACUGCAGUUCCUGGACACACAAGCCCCUGUUCUCACUGAGCCCGGGAACGAGAGCGAGCGAGUGGAGUUCUCCAAUCUCGUGCUGCUCUUCUGCGAGCUCAUCCGUCAUGACGUCUUCUCACACAACAUCUACAUGUGCACCCUCAUCUCCCGUGGCGACCUGGCCUCCGACUCCCAUCUGCCCCGCCCACGUUCCCCCGGCGACGAGCCCUCUGACGAAUCAGAGCGCAAAGAGCAGGAUGCAGGAAGCAGUGUUAAAAUGGAGGAUACUGGUAUGUCCGAGUCUAUGGAGAUAGAUCACAACUCGAGUGCUAACUUUGAUGAGCAGAUGUUCUCUCCUUCGAUGCACUGCGAGUCGAAGGGAAGCCCUUCCCCGGAGAAACCUGCCCCUGAGCAGGAGAGCAAAAACACUGCCAAGGAUAAGGGCAUGGACCCGGCCUUCCCGUUGGUUUACGAGCAGCCCCGCCACAUACAGUACGCCACCCACUUCCCCAUUCCUCAGGAGGAGAGCGCAAGUCACGAGUGUAACCAGCGUCUGGUGGUUCUCUAUGGGGUUGGCAAACAGCGAGAUGAAGCUCGCCACGCCAUCAAGAAGAUCACCAAAGACAUCCUGAAGGUUCUCAACCGCAAGAGUACAGCAGAGACAGGAGGUGAGGAAGGUCAGAAGAGGAAGAGGAGUAAACCUGAGGCCUUUCCCACCGCUGAAGACAUUUUCUCUAAAUUCCAGCACCUCUCACACUUUGACCAGCACCAGGUCACCUCUCAGGUGUCCAGGAAUGUUCUGGAACAGAUCACCAGCUUUGCCUUAGGGAUGUCCUAUCACCUCCCACUGGUCCAACACAUCCAGUUCAUCUUUGACCUCAUGGAGUAUUCGCUCAAUAUAAGUGGCCUCAUUGACUUUGCUAUACAGCUGCUGAAUGAGUUGAGUCUGGUGGAAGCAGAACUCCUGCUGAAGUCCUCCAACCUGGCAGGCAGUUACACUACAGGUCUCUGUCUGUGUAUCGUGGCCGUUCUGCGGAGAUACCACUCCUGCCUUAUCCUCAACCCUGACCAGACCGCACAGGUCUUCGAUGGGCUGAGGAUUGUAGUCAAGUCUGGCGUGAACCCUGCAGACUGUUCCUCAGCUGAACGCUGUAUCCUGGCCUAUCUCUACGACCUCUAUACCUCCUGCAGUCACCUGAAGAGCAAGUUUGGAGAGAUUUUCAGUGAGUUCUGCUCAAAGGUGAAGAAUUCCAUCUACUAUAACAUCGACCCAUCAGACUCCAACAUGCUGUGGGAUCAGGUGUUCAUGAUCGACGCUAUCGCUAAUCCUACCGCGCACAACCUCAACCACUCCAUGGUGGGAAAGAUCCUCAAUGACAGCCCAGCUAACCGAUACAGCUUCGUGUGUAACGUGCUCAUGGACGUGUGCGUGGACCACCGUGAUCCCGAGAGGGUAAAUGAUAUCGGGAUCCUGUGCGCGGAGCUGACGGCGUACUGUCGCUCUCUCAGCGCUGAGUGGUUAGGAGUGCUCAAGGCUCUCUGCUGCUCCUCCAACAACGGCAACUGCGGCUUCAACGAUCUGCUCUGCAACGUUGACGUAAGUGAUCUGUCUUUCCACGACUCGCUGGCGACAUUCGUUGCCAUCCUGAUAGCUCGGCAGUGUUUGUUGCUGGAGGAUCUGGUGCGCUGUGUGGCCAUUCCCUCCCUCCUCAACGCAGCCUGUAGUGAGCAGGACUCUGAACCUGGAGCCAGACUUACCUGUAGGAUCCUGCUUCAUCUGUUCAGAACCCCACAGCGCAACCCCUGUCCUCAAGACGGCACCAAAUCAGAUAAAUCCACAGUGGGCAUCAGAUCGUCCUGUGACCGACACCUGCUGGCUGCUUCUCAGAACAGCAUAGUGGUGGGAGCUGUGUUUGCCGUGUUAAAGGCUGUUUUCAUGCUGGGAGACGCUGAGCUGAAGGGUUCGGGCUUCUCCCACUCUGCUGGAUUGGACGACAUCGGAGAGGAUGACAUGGGGUCCAAAAAAUCCGGAGGACGUAAUGUCUCGAUUGAAACGGCCAGUCUGGUGGUUUACGCCAAGUAUGUGCUGAAGAGCAUCUGCCAACAGGAGUGGGUGGGUGAGCGGUGUCUGAAGUCUCUGUCGGAGGACAGCAGUGCUCUGCAGGACCCAGUGCUGGUGAACAUCCAGGCUCAGCGCUUGCUGCAGCUCAUCUGUUACCCACACAGGCAGCUGGACAGCGAGGAGGGCGAGAAUCCUCAGAGACAACGCAUCAAACGCAUCCUGCAGAACAUGGACCAGUGGACCAUGAGACAGUCGUCUCUGGAGCUGCAGCUCAUGAUCAAGCAAAGCUCAAAUAACGAGCUGUAUUCUCUUCUGGAGAACAUAGCCAAGGCCACCAUCGAAGUUUUCCAGAAGUCUGCGGAGAUGAACUCUAGUAACCCCACCUGGAAUGGGUCCGCGGUUUCUGGCAGCUCCGUCUCCAAUAGCAACAGUGCCAGCAAACUCAAACCUGUGCUCAGUUCCUCCGAGCGUUCAGGGGUCUGGUUAGUGGCCCCUCUGAUUGGUAAGCUGCCCACCUCAGUGCAGGGUCACGUGCUGAAGGCUGCGGGUGAAGAGCUGGAGAAGGGACAGCACCUGGGACCCUCCUCACGGAAAGAAAGAGAUCGGCAGAAACAAAAAAGUAUGUCUCUCCUGAGCCAGCAGCCCUUCCUCUCUCUGGUGCUGACGUGUCUCAAGGGACAAGACGAGCAGAGGGAGGGUCUCCUGACUUCCCUCUACAGCCAAGUCCAGCAGAUUGUGACUAACUGGCGUGAGGACCAGUACCAGGAUGACUGCAAGGCCAAGCAGAUGAUGCACGAGGCCUUGAAGCUGCGACUCAAUCUGGUGGGUGGGAUGUUUGAUACGGUGCAGCGAAGCACACAGCAGACGACAGAGUGGGCGGUGCUUCUGCUGGACAUCAUCAGCAGUGGCACAGUGGACAUGCAGUCUAACAAUGAGCUCUUCACUACGGUGUUAGACAUGCUGAGCGUGUUGAUUAACGGCACUCUGGCGGCUGACAUGUCCAGCAUCUCUCAGGGCAGCAUGGAGGAGAAUAAGAGGGCCUACAUGAACCUGGUCAAGAAACUCAGGAAAGAGCUUGGUGAGCGUCAGUCCGAGAGCUUGGAGAAAGUGCGGCAGUUGCUGCCUCUGCCCAAGCAGACGCGUGAUGUCAUCACCUGUGAGCCCCAGGGGUCACUCAUUGACACAAAGGGCAACAAAAUUGCUGGAUUCGAAAAAGAGGGUCUUCAGGUGUCGACUAAGCAGAAGAUUUCUCCUUGGGACGUGUUCGAGGGGCUGAAGCACUCUGCUCCGCUGUCCUGGGGCUGGUUUGGGACCGUGCGGGUCGACCGCAAAGUCACGAAGUUUGAGGAGCAGCAGCGGCUCCUGCUUUACCACACUCACAUAAAGCCCAAACAGCGCAGUUACUAUCUGGCGCCCCUCAACCUGCCCCAAGAGGAGGAGGAGCCACCUACACCUGUGCCUCCUGAGCCGGACAAGAAGGUGGAUCCAGGGAAGCCGGAGAAGAGCGUCUCUAGUGUCGCACCUGACACCAGUAAGAAGAAAAAGAAAAAGAAACCGACAUCCGCAAAUAAACAAGAGGACUACAAGCCGCACAACCCAGUCUUGCAGUACACGCCAGGCAUGGCUCCUGAUCUGAUGAACAUGGGCCAGUCAAACAUGCCUUUCCGAAUGGGCUACCAGGGUCCAAUGAGCAUGUAUGCCCAAAACCAGCCUCUACCACCAGGAGGCCCCGGUUUAGAGCCCCCUUUCCGUCCCAGGGGUCCUAUGGGCAAAAUUCCUCCACGUCCCACCUACAGCAUGGCUAAUAUGCCGGGUGCUGGCAUGGGCAACAUGAUGGGAAUGGACAAGCAGUUCCAGAUAGGCUAUAAGCCCCCACAGAGCAUGCCUCAGGGGCAGAUUCUCCGUCAUCAGCUACAGGUCAGACUGAAUCAUAAUCAUUUACUUGGACAAGCGCAGAUUAGACAAGUGGCACCUAAUCAACAGUAUCCAUCAAUGCAACCGACACAGAACAUUUCCCAGGGCUACACCAUCUACGGCUCACACAUAGGGAUGCAGCCACACCCCUCUCAGCCCGCUGGAAUAGUUCCUACCUCGUACGGUAACCAGGGCUUCCAGGGAGGACAUCCUGGCACAAACCCAGCCAUGGUGGACCCUCUUAGGCAAAUGCAGCAGAGACCUAGCGGCUACGUCCAUCAGCAGGCUCCUGGAGCAUACGCACACACCGUGCCAAACACGCAAAGGUUUUCCCAUCAGUCCAUGCAGCAGACGCCUUUGAUGCACGGCCUGGCUCAAGGUCACAUUGGAGCGCAGGCCAUGCACCCCAACAUGAGGACCAAUCAGAUGAUGGACCAGCAGCAGCAGCAGCAACAACAACAGCAAGCCCAACAGCAGCAGCUGAUCAGACAGCAUCCAGCUCUCAGAGUACGUACACCACACACCACAAUGCAUUGUGAGACACUGCGCAUUUCACACGCCUACAUUUCAACGAUUCGCCUCAGCAGGUGCAGCAGCAGCAGCAGGUUCAGCAACAAGUGCAGCAGCAGCAGGUCCAGCAGCAGCAGCAGCAGCAGCAGGUUCAGCCUCAGCAGGUGCAGCAGCAGCAGGUUCAACAGCAGCCGGUGGCGGCAGCACAGCCUCCCGCUCAGGCCCUGGGAAUGCAGCCCAUGUUCCCUCGGCAAGGCAUGCAGCAAACCCAGCAGCAGCAGCAGACCGCAGCGCUGGUCAGACAGCUCCAGCAGCAGCUCUCAAGUACUCAACCUGGACAGAACACCAACUCAUAUUUCUGAGAGCGUCUGA